GCUUCACAAGCAAGCAUCAGCACCGUCACGUAAGCAUGAAGAUGCGCACUUUCCUCCCUAUGCUCGCCUCCUUGGCAUCCGUCUCUUCUGCGGCCCGCUUCCUGCUGCAAAUUCCCAUCACACAUGUUGUGAACCCCUCUGCGCUCUCCUCCACGACACAUGCAACCCUUCAAUCUAGUGGACCCCCACUUGAUGCAUACCUAACACGAUCAAACACCUUCAACUUCAACAACGUCAGCGCUGGAAGCUAUCUUGCUACCGUGCACUGCAGAGACUAUGCAUUCGAGCCUCUGCGCAUCGACGUCAGCAUCGAGGAGCCUGUCGAGGGAAGUGGGGAUAAGAAGGAAGUAAUCAGGGCAUGGCAAACGUUCUUGGGCAAUGAAUGGGAUAACAAGGGCGAAAGCAGAGGAGAGGGUGGUAAUGGUCUUGUGAUCGAGGCUAGGCCAGUUGGCCAGAAGCAAUUCUACCAAGAGCGCGCUGGAUUCUCACCACUUUCCUUCCUGAAGAACCCCAUGAUCCUCAUGGCUGUCUUCUCUGGCCUGCUCAUGUUCGGCAUGCCCAAGCUGAUGGAGAACAUGGACCCUGAGAUGAAGGCCGAGAUGGAGGAGAUGCAGAAGAACGGUGUAUUAGGAUCAGGAACAACAAACACGGCGCAGCAGAUUCAGAACUUCGAUCUUGCGUCGUGGAUGGCAGGGAAGACGACGGACUCGGGCGCCAACAGCCGCGGUGCGAGCCCAGCUCCGGAGAAGCAGGCGUCGAAGAAGCGAUGAGAGAGGCCAGACAUGGAUACAAGUAUAUGUGAGCGAAAAGAGACGGCCGGAUAGUAGUUGAGCUUAGCGAGCAUUGUCAAUGUAGAUGUCGCCGGCCCCACAACGUCAGGAAAUACAAUGAGACAUUGUGAGGACAUAUUGCCA